AUGGAGCACGUCGACAAAUUUGAUCUCACUCGCUUCAUCACAGCUCAAGAAAGACAAUAUCCUCGGGCACUAUCAGAGAUCCGCCGAGGCAGAAAGACAACCCACUGGAUCUGGUAUAUCUUCCCAUCACUCAUCGGCAUAUCAACAUCAGCCAAGGGCAACAAAUAUGCAAUUUCCAGCCUCGAAGAAGCGCAAGCAUACCUCCAACAUCCUGUACUAAAUUCACGUCUUAUCGAGAUCACUCAAGCGGUAUUAAAUUCAUCCACCGCGAGCAUUCUCAAGCUCAUGGGAUCAGUUGUCGAUGUCACCAAGAUGCACGCGAGUAUGACGCUCUUUCUUCGUACCGAUCCGGAGAAGAAGGUUUUUGAUUUCCAGGCUGUUCUGAACAAGUACUACGAUGGGAGUGCGCAUGAGAAGUCAGAUGAGAUUCUUGGGGCUGGAAUCGAAGACGAGAGCUGA